AUGCCAACAAAGAGUCCAAGACUACAGUUUGAAAUCAUUAGUCGAGAGCUGGACGUGUUUAUUCUCCCGCCAAUCUCUCAAAUUUGCCCGCCCUCACCCCAGUUUUUCUCUCUCUCUCUCUGCUAUUCCUCAGAACCACCCCCCCUCCGCCAAACACCUCUCCGUCGCUCCCUCCUCCCCUCCGCCAGCCAUGAUGGCCACCCUCACCGCCACCGCCGUUGCCUCCUCCUCCGUCGCCAUCCGCUCGUUUCGCGCCCACAAGCCCUCCCGCGCGCCCCGCCGGGAUCCGGUGCUCCGUCACCGAGGGCCCCACGAUCUCCCAGCCGAACAGAGUUCGUCUCCCCGUCUCAUCUCGAGCUCUGGAGCUCUUCCCAGCAUAGGGUGAGGUUGGGGAAGUACAAGAGGGAUGCGGAUUCGUUGCGGAGGGAGGGGGAGAAUUCGCAGGCCGUGUGGAGCCCUGAUGCCAAAUUGAUUGCCGUUGUGACGACUUCACUCUAUCUUCAUUUAUUUAAGGUUCACUUUUCUGAGAAAAGAGUACAGAUUGGAGGGAAGCAACCGUCUGGUUUGUAUUUUGCAACUAUUUCUCUUCUCCUCAGCGAGCAGGUUCCCUUUGGAGACAUGAAUUUAUCUGUGAGCAAUAUCGUAAGUGAUAACAGGCAUAUGCUGCUUGGACUCUCUGACGGAUCCUUGUAUGGCAUUUCUUGGAAGGGAGAGUUUUGUGGGGCUGUUGGACUUGACCAUCCCAUACGAAAUGAGAGUGAUAAAGUUACUGACUUACCACAUCCUGUAAGUAAUGGAAUUGGGUAUAGUCUUCAUCGAGAAAUGGAGAUGAUGUUUGUGAGUUUAUAGGGUAAAUGGGUCAGGAUAGGGUGCUUUGCAAGUGUUUGAUGAAUGACCCAGUUCUCCAAUUUGCGAAUAGACGUGCAAUUUUGGA